AAAGGCACCCCGCGCAUCUCUCUCGCGAAAUCCCAGGGGCACUCCUCGUAAAUACCGCCAACUCCGCGCCCCUUUUUCUUAUUCCUUUUUUUUUUUUUUUUUUUUUUCUAUUCUCGGCCCCAUUUAUCUACAAAACAGGCGAACCCUAGCUUUUUACGCCUUUUCCGUCCUAAAUUAUAAAAAAAAACAAAAUUAAAAAAAAAUCGGAAAAAAAUCGCCCUUUCCGCCUUCUAUCCCUCGAUCGUUUCUUCGUCGAUUCGUCGUCGAUCUCUUCCGUGACUCUGUAAUUGAUCCCUCCUCCGGUCGAUCCUCGUCCCGCUCUAUCGAUCCGUACCCUUUUCGUCCCGAUCCGUGGCUCGGAUCCGAUUCUAGGGUUUUCCGCCCCUCCCGAUCCCGCGGCGGCAGCCUCCUUUGUGCGGUGAUCUUGUGUUUUGGGGGGGUUAUUAGAUCUGGGUUGUGUAGAUCCGUCGGUUUUUCCCCGAUCCGCGAGGUGAAUUCUUCGCUCGCGGGGGUUCUUGUGGGUCCUCGAUCGGUAUAGAUCGGGCGGAGAUUUGGGGGGGUGCGAUUGGCGGGUGGCGGCGGCGAUCCCUGGUUCCGGCGGCGCGAAUUCGGGUGGUUUCGGUGGGGAAUUUGGGGAUCUAGGGUUAGGUCUCGGGUGGAGAUUUGGGGGUUUUCGGGUCGGGCCCAAUCGGGUUGGGGGAAAGCUUCGGUGUCCGUCUAAUUUUGGGGAUUCGGUCGCUGUUCCGCGAUCCGCUUUCGUAUCCGGCGAGGACGUAUUCUGGAGUUAAAACAUGGUAAAUAAACGGCCCUUUGAUGGUGAGGGACAGCAUGAAGUAACUUCAAAGCUUCCAAGACAAGAACACUGUGAUGGGCUAGCUUUGUUUUCUGAGUUUGGUUCCUUUGGAGACACUCCUAAAGUACCUGAUGGAUCAGGUGAGGGAGGGUGCACGGUAAGAAAAGUUGAACAGGAGCUUGGUGAGGAGAAAAAGACAAAACCUCCUUUAAGCAAUGAGGAGGAAGUAGAUUGCACUUUUCCGGGAUGCUAUUCCAUCUCUUCGUGGGGCACCAGUAGUACCAGUGAAGAAGAUAUCUGGUCAGAGGCACCCUUCCAUGGAUCCUUUUUUCCAGAAUAUUUUUAUCCUCAGCGUCCAGUGAGAACUUUGCCGCGAUAUGAAGACAUCUAUUCUUUACUUUUAGAAGGCCCCCCACAAAAAUCGGUUCCCAUUGGACCGGAUCAUCAAGCUGAUAUUCCAGCAUUAAGAGAGCAGGAUUUUGAAAAUGUUUCAAAUUCAGCAUCAGUUGAAGCAAAUCCUAAUUCUGAUGGACAACAGCUUGAGCAAGUGACCAGAGUCGAAGAUGAAGGACUUCCAGGUGGGGUCUGUGUCAUUCCGAUGCCCAAUUAUGAACAAUUUGGUAACAGUGAUGACAAAAUUGGGAAUGAUGGAACCGACUGUUUUUGUGGGGAUAGGGGUUCCUUUAGAUGUGUUCGAAAGCAUGUUGUGGAAGCAAGGGAUAAACUUAAGAGAGACCUUGGGCCUGAGACAUUUGCAGAGUUGGGUUUCUUUGACAUGGGCGAGUAUGUUGCUGAGAAAUGGACUGAUGAAGAAGAAAAGAUAUUUUAUGAGAUUGUUUUUUCUAAUCCAGCUUCAAUUGGCAAGAAUUUCUGGAAUAAUCUUUCUGCUGCAUUUCCUUCACGUAUGAAAGGGGAAAUAGUGAGCUAUUACUUUAAUGUAUUCAUGCUUCGGAAGAGGGCUGAGCAAAACAGGUGUGAUCCAAUGAACAUAGACAGUGAUAAUGAUGAAUGGCAGGUGAAUGAAGAGGAGGAGGAUUCUGUUGUUGAAUCCCCUGUACAUGGGGUUGAUCCUGCUGAUAGCAUUCACAGAGAUCAUGUCAGUGAAUAUGAUGAUGAUGAUGAUGAUGAUGAUGAUGUUGCAGAUGAACCUUGUGACGAUGACGGAAAUACGAGUUUCAGAAGUCACAAGCUGAUGGCUGAUGUACCAGAGGGAUGGCCUGGAAAGAAUAAUUACCAGGAAAAUCCCACAUUUCGGUUGGAGGAGAAAACUUGGGAUGGGAGAGUAGAUCAAGGUGCACAGGAUGAUUCAUGUACAUCUUCUGAUACAGUAGCUGUCUCACAAGGGAGCCAUGGGAAGGACUACGAUGGUUGCCAUGAUGUUUGCUUUGACAGGUUGAAUGGCGACAGAAGCCCCGAUGAUGAGACGGAGCUUUGUAUUCGGAAAGUGUGGAGUGCUGGUUGUAUGGCUUGUCCUAAAAAGGAAGUUGACUUCUUGCCCACGUUCAGUAUGAUUGAAGAGGUUUUUGGACAUGGAUCUUCAAACUGCAAGUCGGAUAGGAAGGAUCUUGGCUAGUGGUAUUAGUCAUUCCUCCAAAGAUGCAGUUGUGUGAAAAUAGACACCUGUCAAGUCAGGCAAAAUUUGCCUGGAAUACUUCCAAAUGGAAAGUGAGAUGCUCUGUUUAGAAAAGAGUGAAAAAAGAGAUGCUUCCAGUUCUCCUUUGUAAAUGUGGCUGGAGUGGAAGGUGGAAGUCUUGCCUUUCCCUGUGAACUUCAUUAUCGUUUUAGAAGGUUAUUAAUGUUUCAGUGUUAAGGCAGCCUCAACAGUUGGUACUCUUAGUUUUCAGUUACCCCUUGUACGCGCCUUUUGGAGGGAAUAAGACUGUUUUUUCCGAGUUCUCCUUGGGGAUGGAAUGAUUAAAGGAAGAGUGAAGGGACAAGUGUCCCGAUGUGUUCAACUAUGUAACUUUCUGUAGCUUCUCAGUAGAAAAAUGCUGUACAAGUCUCCCUUAUCUCCUCAUAAAUUGUAUUAGUCAUGUGAAGUGCGAAAGAUAUAGUAUCUACCUGGGCAGCUUUUUGGACACAAUCUCUGUGUAACCUAAUUUCAAUUUCCUGUUUGAAUUGUUGGAGUAUGUUUUUUGUAAUUGGAUGCCCUGUUCUUGGGGGGCAUAUUAUUUUUGCCUUUUGGGAGAGUUUGCUUCCCAUUGUUCCAUGCAUUCUGUGAAUGAUAUUUAUCAUUUUGGCCU